AGACAACCUCCGAGUGAUUCCCUUAACGACGGGCAAUGAUACCUCGCUGCAUCACCACGUGGGAAGAUUUCAUCUACAAUGUCCGACAUGAAGCAUCCGAAUCUCGAUAUUAUAAAUACUGUGCCCAGGUGGCAGCAGAGACGAUCGCGAUGGCCAGCAAUCCUCUUCUUCUGCCUCAUUGCGACCGCCAUCAUGGUCUUCCUCUCUGCUGCCGUCCUGCUCUCCCUGGGCAUCGGCAUUUCCGCUGUUCCCAAUGUCCCCAAGUCCACCGACAAGAGCCCCAUUAAGAACGUUGUUGUUCUGGUGCAGGAGAACCUGUCCUUUGACAACUUCGCCGGAGGUCUGACGUACAACGACAAGAUCGACGGUCUCGUCAACCGCGAGUACUGCAAUCCCUCGAAUGUCUCAGACCCCCAUUCCAAGCUUGUCUGUGCGAAGCCGAUCGCCAAAAAUGUUGCACCGGACGAUCCGGAUCACAGCAUUAGCGGUGGUAACAUGCAGGUCUACAGCAACUAUCACCCUAACAUGGACAAGGAUACGCCCAACAUGAAUGGCUUUGUCUCCGAGCAGAUCCACGCCUACGGCACCCAUGAUUUGUCCCGCGCGGCAGAGGUCAUCAACUACUACACCCCCGAACAUGUGCCUGUCUUCAAUGCCAUGGCUGAGAACUAUGUUCUCUUUGACCGCUGGUUUGCCUCGGUUCCUGGCCCAACCAACCCUAACCGGGCCUAUCUCACCUCGGGAACCUCCCACGGCCAUGGUCAGAACGACGACGCUUUCUUGACCUCUGCUCUGCCUCAAAAGUCUAUCUUUGAGCAGCUGUCCGAGGCCGGCAUCAGCUGGAUCAACUACUCCAACACCACCGACUUCCUGCCCGACGCUCUGUUCUACGAAUGGACCGCCAAGUCCGGCAAGGGCGAAACCAACGUCAAGCCCAUUGACCAAUUCUACAAAGACGCCAAGGCAGGCACCCUGCCCCAGUUCACCUGGAUCAACCCCGAGUGCUGCUCGUACAUGUCCUUCCACCCUCCCUCCCCCAUCAACAUGGGCGAGAACUGGAUCAAGGGCGUCUACGAGGCCCUCCGCUCUUCCCCGCAGUGGAACGAGACUCUCUUCAUCCUCACCUUUGACGAGCACGGUGGUUUCGCCGACCACGUCUCGCCUCCCGAGGACGUUCCCGCCGGUGAUGACCUCACCUACACCGAGACCGCCGGCGACGGCAAGCCCACCACCUUCCACUUUGACCGUCUCGGUAUCCGUGUCCCCACUGUCCUCAUGUCUCCCUGGGUGGGCAAGGGUAUUGUCCAGAACAAGCCCGAUGGCGAGAGUGGCGAGUUCACGCACACUUCCAUUCUCAAGUACGUUGCUGAGCUGUGGGACUUGGACAUUCUCACUCCUCGUGUGCAAUACUCGGCUAGCUUCUCGAGCUUGAUUACCAACAAGCACCGUGAUGACACUCCUGAGACUCUGCCUAACCCGGCGGACUUUUAGAUUAUGAUUAAUGAUGUUUAAUAUUAUGAUAUAUAAUGCAUGUUGAGGGGAUGGUUAGAGAACCAUAUACCGACUACACAUACAAUGUGAAUACUGAGAUAAAUGAUAAAAACCCAUUCAUAUAUAGUUUAUACAGUUGAAUUUUUAUUAUCCUGACAACCUAGAAAAUCUUUACUUUAAUAGUACUUUGAUUAAUACUACUAUGAGAGGUCCACCUGA